GUUGGAAAUGAUUGGCUUUUCCGGCGACAGAUCGGUCGGCUUAGACUUACUGACCAAAUGCUCAAUAGACGAGUCGGGGUUGCGAUUCUACCCUGGUCAGCUGGUCAUUGCCGGCUACGAGUGCUAUAUUAAUCAGAUGUUUGGCGUCAGAAAAUCUAAUUUGGAUGUUGUCGAAGAGUUUGUCGACAAAGGACUUGAUAAAUACGAUCAGAGUUGUUGGUUUUUGUGGUUCAGAGCGAGAAUACUGCAGUUGGAGGGAGACAUAGACUCGGCUAUCAUUUACUUCAAUAAGUGCAUUGAAUCCCAGGAAGAAGUGAAACAAAUGCAUAACAUUUGCUUUUGGGAACUCCUUUGGUGUCACGCCGUAAAGUUUGAGUGGGAUUUGGCGGCCAAUUACGCGCAGAUACUGAAGGAUCAGUGCAAUUGGUCUGCGGCCACAUUCACCUAUCAAAAGGCAACCUUUCUAUACAUGAAAAUGUUGGACGAAAACAGGCCUGAAAUGCAAACUCAAAUCUCUGAGUUAUUCAGAGAAGUCCCGAAACUAAAGGUGCGAAUCGCCGGCAAAACAAUUCCGCCCGAAAAGAAUUGAUGUAUAUUUGGAAUGUAUUCACAAUUCUGGAUCAAAAUGAACAACUGGUGGACCAUAUGAUUGAUAGGAUUAAUAGAUUGAUACCAA